UUAUUAUUAUUUUCUUGUUUUAGUUUACACUAUAUUCAUCAUGUUAAUUGUACCUUCUGAAGAAAUACCAAUACUAGAAAACCUCAUUACAAUUCGACAUAAGCUUUAUGCAUUAAAGAAAGAUAGAGAUUCAUAUCCAGAUAAAGAUCUAAUCGUCUUACUUUAUAAAGAAACCGAAAAGCAAGUAGAGUUGGUUAACAAUAUUCGCACAGGUGAUAUUUGGAAUCCUGUUUCUCGUAAUAGACUCAAUGAUGUAUUGGAUGACAUUAUGGCUCUUUUAUCCUUAUUCUUUAUGACCAUUGGCAGAAGUAGAGAAAGUCCUGCUGUAUAUGUUCAGUUAGUCACAGUAGAGCGUUAUUUAGAGCAAAUAUCACAUAUGGGAACUUAUACAGAUACAAUAUUACUAGAGAACCAAGAAAGAUUAAAGGACAUUGAAAAUAUUCUUUAUUCUGAUUCGAGCAAUUCAUGUUUUAUUAAUGUUUUAAAGUAUAAACUAGAAAAAUGCAAUCAAGCUUUAUCUAUGCUAUUAUCAAAUAUUCAAGAUGUUUCGGAUGUAUUGAAACCAUUACACCAGGAACUGCUCAGUAUAAGAAGAAAGUUGGCGCUUUUGGCUCAGAAAACAAACGGGUAUUCGAAGACUGAAAUAGAAGAAAUAAUAGAAAAGUUACGUGAAUUAGACAAUACGAAGGUUGAACUUUUUAAAUUAAAUCCAAAGGGAAAGGAGCUUAUUGAAGGGUUACUAGAGCAAUUACAUGAAGAGGCACAGGAUUUGAAAGUGUCUACAAAUAAUAAUAUCUCAGAAUCACUCAUUCCAAUUGUAGAUCGUUUAAAAAAGAUUAGAACUCAACUGGAUCGAUUAGCGUUGACACAUAAAUGGACUUUACGAGAAACAGAUUUAUAUGCAUACCAUUUACAAUUACAAGAUAUUGAAAAAUUAAGAACAGAAGGACAUUUCAAAGAUCCAAAUUCAGAUAUCAUUCCAGAAGGUCAAGCAGUAGUCAAUUUCUUAUUAAGAGGAUGCUAUCGUAUUAUGGCUAAAAUGUUAAGUGAAAAUGUACCUGUAGCAGAAGCAUUAAUGCCUGUAUAUAACCAACUUAGUACGGUUAGAAAAUGCUUAAUAGAAGUCACUAAAUGGGGAAAACCUGAUUCAGUUAGAGAUCUUUAUCCUUAUCAAUUAAAGUUAGCAAGUAUAGAUAACAUGCGCGUGAAUGGUACUUUUUGUGAUGAAGAAGGAAAUAUACCGGAAGGUCAAGCUAUCUGUGUUGCUUUAUUAAAUGAAUGUUAUGAUAUACUUCAUGAAUUAAUAGCACUUGCUGAUGAUUCAUAAAGAUAUAUACAUUUAUAUGUUCAAGUAAUAAUUAUAUAUAAUAAAUACAUAUGAUAAAUAAUAUUAGGC